AUAACGUGUGGAAUGAUGAAAGAAUUUACAAAAUUCCCAUUUCAAAGGGCAAUACAAAACCAACCCAAAGCGCCAAAGGAUCAGGUAACAGUAACACCACCACCCUUUACCAAAACCUAAAACCCUCUCCCCCCUUCUUCCUCCCUCGUUACCUUCGCCUCAAACUCAAGAUGAGUACAGCAGCUCAAUUAUUAUCCUUUCAAAACCCUAAUUCCUUUCUCUUACACAACAAAUUUGCUCUCCCCUCUUCAAAAUCAUCAUUUUCACCUUCUCCAGCUCUUAAAUUCCAGCCUUCACUCAAACCUAACGGCCUCGGACUCGGAAUUUCAAUUGGGUUUCCUUCUUUUCACCGGAGGACUUCAAUUUCACCCCUCUCCGCCUCCGCCUCUGCCGAAGAAUCGAAACAUUCUGAUAUUGAAAAUGAAAAGAAUGAUGUUAAAGAAGAAACCCAAGAAGAUUGGAAAAAAAUUAUUGAUUCUGUGAAGUUAAAGAUGCAAUCUUUAUCCGGGGAAUCGUAUGAAGAAUACUCGAAGAAAGCGACGGUUGUUCUUAAAGAAACUCAGGAUCAGCUUCAGGUUUUAUCUGUCAAGUUGCAGGCUAAUUUUUCUGAGAUGAGUAAGGAAGUUGCUGAAGGAAGCAAGGAAUAUCUUGCAACUGCUGCUGAGAAUUCACCUGAGCCUGUUAAGGAGAUUGUGGAGACUCUUGCUUCUUCUGCUGAUGAUGUCAAUGAAAUUUCGCAAGUUCGUGAUUUCCAUGUCGGAAUUCCUUAUGGUUUCUUUCUUUCUAUUGGCGGGUUUCUUUCCUUCAUGCUGACCGGCAGCAUUUCCGCUAUUAGGUUCGGUGUGAUUCUUGGUGCUGCUCUUUUGGCAUUAAGUGUUUCGAGCUUAAAAUCAUUUCAAAAGGGGGAGCACAAUUCUGGAGCCUUGAAAGGACAGACAGCAAUAGCAGCAAUAAUAUUUCUUAGGGAGAUAGGAUUUCUGUUUAAGAGCGCUUCGCUUUUUUCCUUUUUCCCCACUGUCAUCAGUGGUGCAGUAGUCGCAUUCUAUCUGUAUAGAAUUGUAUCGAGUGGUACGCAGAUCAAAGGAUCAGAUCCUCAGGGGUCCAAAAAUUGAUGUAUAUCUUCCAGGUAGAGGCUUCUAGAUUGUGAUACAACAUGAGAUUUUCAACUAGUUAGCUUGGUUUUGGAGGAAAAUAAUAGGGAUGGUAGUUCUAGUAAUAUUGAGAAGGGCAAAAAUUUACAGUAAUCUGAAAGGUUUUAUACCCUAUACCCUUAUGCGGUAAUAAAGUUAGUAUUGCAUUGUUUUCUUCCUCUUUAUUUCUCUCUUUCUUUACCCUCAUAAUGUAUUAAUGUUUGCUGAUUUAUUUAAGGUUGCUUAUGCAGUUUUUUUC